AUGAAUUCAUCAGUUUUCAUGUUGCGAAUGGCGAUUCUCAAUCAGAAUAAUGUUGGACAUGCCGUUGAAACUAAGUCGCCGGUGCGUGCAAGUACAACAUCAUCCUCUAGUUCUGAUCUCUUCAUACCUCGUUCAGCAAACAAACGUAUUCAUGACUUGAAGGACAAACAGCAAUGUGAAUCAUCCACUACAUCCAAUGUUGCUGAAGUACAAAGUGAACCAAACUCACUUCGUUUAAAUUCAUUUCGUUCAUCUCUGAGCUCAGAAAAUGUAACAAUUCGUGAUCUUAGCUAUCGACCAUCACUAACUUUGGUGUACGAAACACCCUCCGAAGACACAGUUGACGAGUCAGUUCAUUAUCCAAAAAAUAUAUGCAACAACGAAGCAAACGGGAUUGUUUAUCAAACUGAUACGGAGGAAAAUUCUGUUUCGAAUGAUGCGGCAAAAAAAACUGUAUUGGAGGCUCCCGAUAAAACUCUUACACCAAGUAAACUGUUUUCAGGCGAACAGUGGGUUUAUGGUAAAUGGAAAUCAGAGAAAAACUACUAUGCUGGGAAGGUGUACCCCAGCGAAAAUUGCCUGCGAAGUCUUGUUAUUUUCGAAGAUGGAACAAGAGCCAGGAUCAAACCUUCUGAUAUGAUCACUGUUUAUUUACUACCUGUUGGGACUGAAGUUAGUGCCGAAUUGAAAGACGACAACGAAUACUGGGGUGAUUGUAUUAUCGAAGCACAUCUAAGUGAUCCGGAACGUCCAUAUAAAGUUAUAUGUCGUACUUCAAAUGAGAUUUAUUGUUUACGACGCGGUCAAGUGUCAGUUCAUGAGUCAGAGGUUGACAAUUUGAAAAGACUGGACAAUGAGAUAGUUAGUGAUACAAAUUCUGUUACAAAAAUAUGUGCGAGUCCAGACGUUAGCUUGUCCAACUUGGUGUUUGAUAAAAGAAAAUCAAAGCCGAAAAUUUAUAGAUCAAGUUGGGUAACACCAGUGAAGCACUUGGCACCUAUGGAGAAAAACGAUGAUCAACAGCCCAAAACACUACCCAGCAAGCUUACCGCGUCAACCCAACUACGCAAGCGAUACAGAAAUCAGUUUAAAUGGAAUUUACCAUCAUCUACUCGUAAUGGUCGUUUCGAAACAAAUCCAGUAGUUCAAAUGAAAAUGCAAAUUCAGCAAAAAAGCAACCCAAUGUCUUUGGAGAUGCCUAUUACAAAGUUGAAAGAUACUAAUCAAAAGAAUAAUACAAACCAGAUGAUGUUUAAAAAGAUACAGUUAUCUCCACUUCCGAAAUCUAGAGCAUCAAUCGGUUUACUGCGUUCACUAAGCCAUAGUUUGAAUAUCCCGAUUCCAAGUUCAUCGGUGUUUCAAGGAUGGACUAUAAUUCUGACGGGUGGUGUUAAAAAUAACACAUUCGAAAAGUCUUUUGAUCGUAAUCUCAUCGAGCAGUUGGUUGUUGCAUGUGGUGGGAAAAUUGCUUCGGAAAUCAAUCCUUCUUUACUUAACAGGAGAAAUGGUUGCGAAAGUCCUGAAUUAGAUGAAGGCUUUGGGCGAAAGAUGACUCAUCAAACUCAUUUUAUAGCAGUAGUUUCAACAGACUGUUGUCGUACUUUGAAAUAUUUCCAAGCACUUGCUACACUGGGUAGUGUUCCAUUACUUCGCACUGAGUGGUUGCUGGACUCUUGUCGUGAAGAUGCUAAAGCUUCAGGUGACGAGUCAAUCAAUGAAGAAACUCGUAAUUGGCCUUUGUACUUAUUACGCUCAUAUCCUGGUCGUUAUGAAUUACCGAGAGGAUUUAUUUCGGGUUCCACUGAACCAAUCAGUUGGUGGUCUGUUCCUGUACGCUAUCGUUCACCUGCUUAUCAAACAAUUCCCGCUCCUUCAUUGUUUGAUUUACAUGGAGACUGGGCAGAUAGUGAGACCACUUUUCGCUUAGUCGCCAUAGUAACCAAUGAUGUGUCGGUGUUUGGACCUGGUUGGUUGAAUAUCUUAUCUCUUGCGUGUGGAUCGACUAAAGAAGUGGAUGAAUCCCACCAAACAUCGUGCAACAGAAUUCUUUUGAUCCCUCUCUCUGAAGCAUUUCAGAGGCUUUCUACCUUGUUUCCAUCAAUAAGAUCGAGAUGUAAAUCACUUGAAAAAAAAGUGAAUUUUGUACUGGUUGACAAAAAUAAUGUUACACAGUCAGCGAUAGCAUUUAUGAAGACAUUACCUGUUGAAAUGGUUACAUGUGAUUAUUUUAUCCACUCACUUAUCUGUGGACACUUGGUAGAUCCAAAGUCUUCAUCAUAUUUCUCACCACUCACAUGA